CCACUGCACUGGCUGUAGCUCAGUGUACCUAGCUUAAGUUAUAGGACAGUUCAAGGUAGCAGGUUGUUCCUCAGUGCUUACCUCUCUAUCCUCUGGCCAGCAGAGGUGCAUGGCCUGUCGUUCUGGGGUUAGCUGUGGCGUGUCGAGAACGCACUAGUAUACGCUUUAUACACCCGACUACAAACAGUCUGUUGGAGGAGAAAAAGGUUUGCAACUACUUGUGCGGCUAUCAGUACUGCCUCAUUGCUUGACUGUGAGCUAGGAGUUAUCAGGACUUUACGGCGGGUAAAGAUAACACGUGCUGUUUGACUAACGGACCAUUCAGAGCACAGCGUCGAGUUCAAGUCCCUCCCGUCGUUCAGAGCUGGUUUACUUAGGGGUGUGGACGAGUACCAGACCUACAGCCAAGACAGCUGGGAGGUGGGGAGCUACCGGGCAGGCGAGGAAGUUUUGCACAGAACAAGGGCGGCUUAGCAGCGCAUAAUCGAUCAUCAUGCAUCUAUCAACCGUGGCUGGUGCAUGUGCAUUGCUGGUGAUAUCUGCACUAGGAAGUAGCCAUGCACAGGCGCAAACUCGCCUUUUGGAUGAAACAAUUGUUGAGGAUCGGUUGGCUGCUGGUGGUACGAAGGACUACACGUUCGACGUCCAGGACGUGCAGAAUCCAUCGGGCGGAUUGGCCUCGCCCGGUGCCGUCCAACCAGAUCUCAUUCGCCUGAUGGUGUCACCUUGCAAUGGUGGAAACAACCUUCGAUGGCAGGUCCUUCACGAAGGCGAAGUUGACUAUGAGUUCAAUCCAUCCGACCCCGCUAACAAUAAUAACAUCGAGAACAAUCGUAUGGUGGCACUGGGAAAGCGCAAGAAGCGCCAGGUGCAGGCGGUUGCUCCUCCCCGGCCUCUGCCGACAAACUUCCAGUACGAGAAGCAGGAACUUGAUGAAUUCACUGGUCUAGGCAAGGCUCUGACUCCGCAAACUGGUCUCUACGUGAAGCCCGACGCUAGCGAUGGAAAAUACAGCCUGAGACUAACUAACAACGGUGCUGAACCCAUCAAAUACAUGACACUGCUAAGUCGUCGGCAGAGACAAACAGUUGUGCCGGAACUUCCCGAUGUCCAGAAUGUGAAAGUGGAGAAAGUAAGGCCAAAGAGUAUUCACAUCUCGUGGCGACCAGUGCAUGGAACAGUGGCUGGGCAGAACUCCGGUGUGGACUAUACAGCGCAUGCAUUCCCCGUGGAUGAGCUUCAGUCCGGCGACAACGUAAACAGUGAAUGUGGUGUGAAGAGGAUAAAGUCCCGCAGAGAUAGUACGGGCAAAGUAGAGCCAGCGGGGUUCCCAACGAGUGGUUCAACAUCGGCAAUGUUCAAUGACCUGCAGCCUGACACGAUGUACAGAAUGAACGUUCUGGCAAUGAACACUACAACUGGAAAAGACAUUGCCUAUAUCGGCGUCGAAGCAAGAACAUCACCAGCAGGACUUCAAAUGCCGCUGGAGCGAGACUGGGGAAACUUGAGCGUUGCAGCCAACUCCAAGCAAAUCUACACGUUGGACCUGACGAACAGGCCAAUCAGCGCCAACACUGGUCUCAACCAGCUGGGUGUGACAGUGUUUCCUUGUGAUGGACUGGUCACAUGGUCCAUGACUAGAGAUGGUAUUGAUGUGCAAGCAUUCCAAACAGCAGAGCUUGGUGAUGAUGAUGCUGGUGGGGAAAUCGAUGACAGCGUAUCAGAUGACGACUCCAGUGAAGAGUCGGCCGACGAUCGGAAACGCCGCCAGAACAAUGACAUGGAGGAAGCGGAUGGCCAAGACAAUGAGAUGGAGACAACCGAUGCACCCGACAAUGACAACGACAACGAGAAAAUGAUCAAAGAGAUUCGACAACAGAGAGCUAAGCCUCUUCCGGCUGGUACCGGAAACCGCGCCUCCACCGGAGGCCAGACCGUCUUCUCCUACAAUGAACUGAUGAAAGAGCCUGCACUGUAUCAGCUAUCAGUGUACAACACACAAAGCAGGCCAAUCCGUUUCGACAUGUAUGCAUCAACAAAGGAUCCUCUUGAUAGACCCUAUCCUGUCUUACCCGUAGAUCAACAAGUCAAGGCUGUGACCGUGGAUAAGAACUAUGCAGAGAUUGGCUGGCAGCCCAGUGCUAGCAAUGAUCCCCUGGCCUACUGUAUUAGUGCUGUGCCCCGUCAGCAGAUCACAGCACAGUAUGUACAGAGUAGUACGUGUGGAUUGAGACGUGCACCAGUCUACACACCACCACCGCCGAUACCUGAUGCCGUUCCAGUGAGAGUUACACCUAACCGACAGCAACCGCCGGCACGACCUGAUCUGUUCCAGUCACCAGUACAAGCAAACUUUCCUAUUCCGUCUGAAAGACCAGGUGACACACAGCAGCAGCAACCAAACAACAACAACAUUGUCUUACCUGGUGCAGCUGAGAAUGUUCCACUCUUCGACCAUCCGUUCAACCCGAAUCAGUUUGCCUCGGAUCUUAUGCCGUUGGUGCAGCGUACACGCGGCUGCGGUACAGACACGCGUGGGCGGCUGGGUGCACUCAGCGAGGGCGUUGAGUACAACGUAGAAGUUCUGGCCAUCAACACGCGCACUAACAAGCCUCUGGCAUAUACCAGUGCACUGGUGAAGACUGGCGGUGGAGCAAUGCUAUCCUGCAGUAUGCUAGUGUCACUGCUGCUCUGUGCUCUUGCACUACUCUUGUAACUCGUAUUUCUAUCAUACUGAAGAUACACACUGGCAUACACUAUUGUUAUCAUACUGCACACUGGGGUGCACAGAUACGUGCACCCAAGCCCCUCAUGCACACGCACCCAAACACAUGCAUACACGUUCACACGUUCCGUGAUUCUCACGUUUGUUUACACUUUAUAUCGGUAAUGGCACACACACUGCUCCUUGCAUGCACGACGACCGAUAACAUUCAGAACAACCCCAAGUUAGGCUAUUCCCCAGAGAUUCGCCAAAAGACACUUUUCAAAUUUCGUCUCCAUAUUCUAGAACGAUUAUACGAUAUACAUAAUAAUUAUGAUGUACAAUGAAACUCCCACUGUUCAGUAUAACACAGAGUAAAUGAGAACAUAACAGUGUGUACAUUCUAUCCAAGGUACUUGGCAACAUGCCACAUCACUGCCGGUCACGGAAAUCUGUGCUACAUUUGUA